CCAGAUGAAGGAGACACAUCCUCUUUGGCUAGCAGCUCAUCAAUAUCUGCCACAAGAGCCAAGGUGAAGAAGCAGCUCCUGAAGGAGGUGGCCGGAAAACAUAAAUGGCGUGUCAACAACAAGUACGACCGCUCCUACACUCCUUUCCCCGUGGAGAAGAUCAUCCGACGUGCUGAGGAAUUGGUUGGCAAGGAGGUGCCCUAUAAUGUGAUUACCAAAAACUGUGAGCACUUUGUGACAAAGCUCCGCUACGGAAUAGAACUCUCUGAUCAA